UAGAACUUCUAACAAAAUCUCAAACGCAUGGUUGGCUGGGUGAAGGCGUGAAGCUCUUCCAGUUUCCAUCCAUGGCCACUUAUUGCUUAACCUCAACCUCAUUACAUUCGCAUCCGUCUUCUUCCUCUCAAUCCUUCUGUAAAUCCAAAUCCAAUCCCACAGAUUCUUUAAUUUCUUCAAAUCGCUGCACUUACAGGAAAGAUACAUACUUUCUGAACUCCCAAUUGUCUUCUUCGUCUUCCUCUUUUACCCUCUGCCCCAAAAAUCCGGCUACCAGUAGGGACGUUUUCACUGUUUCAGCAGUUGUUGAAGGUGAACAACAACAUUUUUCUUCCGAACCCGCCAUUACUGGAAAUGGGUACAGCUUGCAAGAGGAUUCCAACUUCAGAAACUCUUUUAAACCAUAUGAAUUAUACGUUUGUAAUCUCCCCAGAAGCUGUGACAUCCCUGAGCUGCUUAAUCAGUUCAAAACCUUCGGUACAGUUCAGUCCGUUGAGGUGUCAAGAAAUCCCGAGACUGGGGUAAGCAAGGGAUGUGGGUAUGUGACUAUGAGCUCACUCCAAGAAGCCAAAGCUGCCAUUGCUGCACUAGAUGGAUCUGAUGUGGAUGGACGUGAAAUGCGAGUGAGGUUUUCAUCUGACAUGAAUAGUAAAUAUGGAAGCAACGAGUCACUGAGUUCACGACCUCAAAAGAACUUAGUAUUUGAGUCGCCCUACAAAGUUUAUGCUGGGAAUCUUUCAUGGAGUGUGAAACCUGAGGAUUUGAGAAAUCAUUUCAGUCGAUUUGGUAAUGUGAUUAGUACAACAGUGUUGCAUGAUCGGAAAGGUGGAAAGAAUCGUGUUUAUGGGUUUCUUUCAUUCUCAACACCUGAAGAACUUGAAGCUGCAAUGUCUUUGAAUGGCACAGAAUUUAGUGGUAGAAUAUUGAAACUCCGGGAAGUUAUAAAGUGGCCUGAGCAAGAGCCUUGAUUGGAGUUUGAUGCAUGAUGAUGAUGAUGAUGAUGGUGAGUUAUUAUUACAUGAAUUAAGCUUAUUUUUGACAAAAUGUUUACAUACAUGAUACAUGUACGUAUUUUUCAUAUUAUUUGAGUUGUUGAUAACUUGCUAUCAGUUUUGUAAAUCACUAUUAAUUGAUUUUUGUUUCU